AUGCGUAGGACUGCUCCAGAGAGUCCAAUGGACUUUGAAUGGCAGAGGAGUCGCCCGAUGGAUGCGACAUCGCCCUUCGCCCAGUUCGCAACGCAACAGGAAAAUAAAAAAACGCUCAAAGGAACACAUACCGCAUUCGGCUCACCCGAAAAGAACCAAUUACCAUAUCUGCGUCCUCCGAACUCUGAGGCUUUCUUGUUCAGCCAACCCCUCCCCCGGCCACAACCUGCCAAAACCCCCUCCUACGCGGCGGCUUUCAUGACCCCGCGCAAGUUGAAUGAUGUAGACAUGUCAUCUGGCCCUGAGAAUAUGUCUUCACCAGAGAACGCAGAUAAUGAUGACACGCCAGAGCAGCUAGGAAAAAACGAGCGGCGAAACAGCUUGUGGCCUAUUUAUGGACGCUUUGGGCAAAGUCCCGGUCGAGGGGAGAUUCCACGAACAAAAAAUUACUCCGAUAAAGUCGUUCGCAAGAUCCAAAAGAACCGCCGCCGGAAUCAGGAGAUUCGCCAACGGAUCCCAGUGGAUAGCGACGACGAGAGCGAUCGGCCCAGCAGCCGCGAAGGGUGGAAGGACAAGCAGGGAAAACAAAGAAAAGUCUCAAAUCCAAAGCCUCCCCAGUCCCGAGUCUCUUCCUUCUCGGAAUUCUUUGCACUCCUAGAGGCGCACCCUAAUGUCCCGAACAUCUUGUCGUGGUGGGCCCAGCUCCUCGUCAAUCUCUCUUUGUUCUCCCUAGCCGUGUACAUCGUCUUCACAAUCGUGGCGGCUAUCCGAGCCGAGUUCGACCAGGCUGCUGAGGAGGUCUCGGACACGAUUUUGGCCGAAAUGGCUGUUUGCGCAAAGAGCUAUGUCGACAACAAGUGCGGCGGCGGAGACCGACUCCCUGCCCUGGAGACCGUGUGUGAGAACUGGGAACGGUGCAUGAAUCGCGAUCCAGCCAAGGUGGGCCGAGCCAAGGUAUCGGCGCAGACCAUGGCUACGAUUAUCAACAGUUUCAUUGAUCCGAUCAGCUACAAAGCAGUAAUGAUCUUCCUCGCAACUAUAUCUACCGUGACAGUUGUCAGCAACUGGUCAUUCCGCUCCUUCAGAACUCGUCAUAAUCAACCUGAUUACAGCCAACAUCACCCAAAUUACCCGCGCCAACCACCGCAUGAGUCUAUCCAUGCGCCAACACAAUCAAAUCCGAGCUACGGCUACUACGGACAAGGGGAUCCACGACAGGCGGUAAAAAGCAGCUACGUCCAGCAAGAAAACAAUCCUCUUUUACUUGAGGAGCCCCGAAAACUAGACUUUAUCACCGAGCGUAGCCGAGACCGCGAAGCCCAUCUACGAAGCCCGAGUCCUAAUAAGCGUGACCGCCGGUUCAUGUAA